ACGCGACUCCAAUUGCCCAAGUCUCGACAACACUGCCGCCGCCGCACUUCGACACGAGAGCCGCGCGAAGGCGUCCCGAGGCGCAUAACCUCUUCCCAGGGCUUCGAGUUAUCGACGUCCACUUUCUACCGACGAUACCCGACCCAAAAGUACUCAACCGUCACCAUGUUCUUCCUCCACAAUCUCGAGCGGCGGGUAACCCUGCAUCCAUCUUAUUUCGGCAGGAACAUGCACGAACUUGUCACGACCAAGUUGGUCAAGGACGUGGAGGGGACUUGUGCCGGCGAUUACUACAUCAUCGCCAUCAUGGAUGCGUUCGACGUUAGUGAGGGGCGCAUCCUCCCUGGAAAUGGCCUGGCCGAGUUCACUGUGAAAUACCGUGCUGUGGUUUGGAGGCCGUUCAAGGGCGAAGUGGUGGAUGCCAUCGUCUUCUCGAUUAACCCUCACGGCUUCUUCUGCCAAGCUGGACCGCUCUCUAUCUUCGUUUCCUCUCACUUGAUGCCCGAAGAAAUCCACUUCGAUCCCAACGCGACGCCUCCUCAGUUUACCAACAACGCCGAUAUGGUCAUUGAGCCCGGUACACAUGUGCGCGUCAAGAUUGGUGGCUUGAGAACGGAGUUGGGUGAGAUGUAUGCCAUCGGCAGCAUCAACGGAGAUUUCCUCGGGUGUCUCCAAGCAUAAGGGACUUGCAAUGUGCAAGGAGGUUUUCUCAACAGAAAGGGUUUGGACUCCCUCAACUACUAAGAGGUGUUCGCUCAGCAGAGUCGUGGUCAACCCGCGGGUCAAAGUAUACCCUGGGUUUCUAUCGACAGUUCUGGUCGGCUGAUAAAGUCUUUUGCCCGAUCAAGAAGCAAGUCUUCU